AUGGACGACACUGAACGACGCACCGCCAAGCGCUCGCGCUUUGACCAGACUGAAGCUGAGCCCAAGAGAGUCUCAAGAUUCGAUCGGCGUUCACGUUCUCCCCCUGCACGGAAGCCCACCACCGAUUCUAGACGCAGUAGAAGUCCUAUUGCAAGAGCAUCCGAUAGCCCAGCUCCAGCUCCAGAUGCCGCAAAGAAAGGUGGUGCUGAUCCUGCCGCUGCUGCUGCUGCCGCCGCUGCGAGGAUUAAUGCCCACAUCCAAGCAAAGAAGGGUAUUCAGCAUGUCGAUGUUCCCCCUAUUCGAUCGACCGAAAGCCCAGCAGCCGGAAAAUCAGCUUCUCCAGGCGCAUCCGGCGCAGGCAAUAGCGCAAGCACAAUAAAUGGUGAGAUGUACAUUGCCGACGGCGACUACAUCAGAGACAUUGAAGUCAACGACCUUCGCAACCGUUACACACUGACCAAAGGUUCUACGCAAAAGAUGAUUAAAGAAGAAACCGGAGCUGAUGUCACCACGCGUGGAAAUUACUACCCAGAUCGAAACAUGGCAACGUCGACGAACCCGCCCCUGUAUCUCCACGUUACGAGUACCACGAAAAAAGGCCUCGAGCAGGCGGUCGAAAAGAUCGAAGAACUGAUGCAGCAGGAACUUCCCAACCUAGUCGACGAGCGACGAUUCCGCCGACGAGAGCCAGAUCAAGUCGAGAGAGACGAAUUUGGCAGACGCAAAUGGCCCGAGGAAAGAAUUCCGAUAGACUUUGACCCAAUUCCUGGCUUCAAUCUUCGUGCUCAAGUUGUUGGUCACGGGGGUGCCUAUGUCAAGCAUAUCCAACAAGAGACUAGGUGUCGUGUCCAAAUCAAGGGCCGUGGAUCUGGCUUCAUGGAGCAUGGGACUGGGCGUGAGAGUGACGAAGAUAUGUAUUUGCAUGUUGCGGGACCUGAUCCAAACGAGGUUCAAAAGGCCAAGGAGCUUUGCGAGGAUUUGUUGAAGAACGUCAGAGAGCAGUAUGAAGAAUUCAAAAACCGACCACCCCCACAACGUGGCUAUGGUGCCCCUAGCACUGGUUAUGGAGGAGAGCGUGGCUAUGGUGAUCGUGCUCCUGAUAGAUCAAACUCUUAUGGUGGUGGCUACGGAGGAGGCGGUUACAACAAUUCUCCCGCUCCCAACACUCCAAGUGGCGUCAUGAGUCCAACAACCCCAGCCGCACCUGGCGCUGGCAGUCCAACAGCCGGAGCCGAUUAUGCCGCUCAGUAUGCUCAGUACUAUGGUGCUGGUGCAGAUCCAUACGCAGCUUAUGGUGGCUACGCAGCCUACGCACAAUAUUACCAACAGUAUAUGGCUGCGGCUGCUGCUCAACAGCAACAGUCACCUCCACCUGGCGCUCCUAGCUCUGCCCCACCUCCACCUCCGUCAGAAGCACCUCCUCCACCGCCAGGAUCGGCUCCAGGGACUGGUGGCUACAAUGCUGUACCUCCUCCACCGGGCAUGUGA